GAGUUGUUUCCCGGGCGAUGGGCAUCCCUGAGCGAGGGUCUCCCGGCGUUCAGUAAACCCUGUCUCUGUGACCUUGUGACCACCGCAGAUGUGGGAGCUGUCAGUGUGGGGAUACCAAGCGGCUGUGGGGGGCAGCAGGGUCAGUUGGGGCGGAGAUGGAGAGAUGAGGGAGAGGGACGGGAAGGUAGAGAAGAGAUGGGGGGAAAGGAGGUAGAGAACAGGGGGGAAGGAGGUAGAGAAGAGAUUUGGGGAAAGGAGUGAGAACAGGGGGGGAAGGUAGGUGAAAAGCUGGGGGAAAGGCGGUACGCUCAGAUUGUGUGCCCUGUUCCCCCCUGUUUUCCCUCUUACGCCCGCGCUUUGGGGGCCGGCUGUUCGACUCGAUGGGGGCGAAAUGAGGUAGAAAGAUGCUGGGGAGCAAGGAGGUAGCCCGAGUGCGAUUUGCAGAUGGAGAAAAACCCAUUGUAACUACAACCUAUAUUUACGUUUAUUUAUUUUCCUUUUUGUACUUUAACUAUUUGCACAUCAUUACAACACUGUAUAUAGACAAAAUAUGACAUUUUGGAACUUUUGUGAGUGUAAUACUUACUAUACAUUUUUUAUUGUUAAUUAUUUCACUUGCUUUGGCAAUGUAAACAUAUGUUUCCCAUGCCAAUAAAGCCGAGCAGAGGUCAUCCGUAGAGGGAGGAGGACAGGCAGACAGGGGGACAGACUCAGGGGAGAUCUGCCCGGCACAGCUAUAUCUCUGCCUCUCUCUCCCUCUGUCUCUCUUUUAAGUAUCUGUCUUUUUCUCACCCUCAUUCUUUCAUUCUUCUCCACCUGAAUUGUAAGGUAAACAAACGUGCUAAUGCUUUGUGUGAAAGUAUUAUACGAUUAAAUUAACAUCCAACCCACCACCCCAGUUCGUCCUGUGUAUUGAAGUCCCACAACUGUACUGGUGCAAUUACAAUAAUUGUCUGUGAUAUUGAAUUCCAGUACCCUGUGGAGAGGGAGGGGAGAGGGAGGGAGGUGAGGGAGGAGUGGAGAGAGAGAGAGAGCUAUGAGAAGAGUCUGUAGAGAGUCAGACUCGACGCUCUAUCUCUCUCUCUCUCUCCUCCUCUCUUCUCCUCUUCUCUCUCUCUCUCUCUCGCUCGUCUCUUCCUCUCUCUCUCUCUCUCUCUUCUCUCUCUCUCUCUCUCUCCCUCUUCUCUCUCUCUCUUCUCUCUCUCUCUCUCUCUGUCUCAUAGAUAUCUAUCGCCUAUUAUCGAGAAUCUCUCUUAGGCAUUAGCUGCAGGGGUCACACAGUUGGCUCUGCUAUCUCCCAAAUGCAAUUAGGAGGUCCCCUAUCUUAAUGAAAGAGCCCAAUGGGAUUCUAAUGAAUUGUCCACCGUGACUGGCAAUAAACACUGCCCCUUGGUUGUGACAAUAUGAAAUGGUGUUGCAGGUUAUUGUGAGAAAGGAAAGGAUGAGGUCCUGCUGUAGAAAUGUCGUGAGGGAAAAAGUAUUUGAUCCCCUGCUGAUUUUGUAUGUUUGCCCACUGACAAAGAAAUGAUCAGUCUAUAAUUUUAAUGGUAGGUUUAUUUGAACAGUGAGAGACAGAAUAACAACAACAAAAAUCCAGAAAAACGCAUGUCAAAAAUGUUAUAAUUUGAUUUGCAUUUUAAUGAGGGAAAUAAGUAUUUGACCCCCUCUCAAUCAGAAAGAUUUCUGGCUCCCAGGUGUCUUUUAUACAGGUAACGAGCUGAGAUUAGGAGCACACUCUUAAAGGGAGUGCUCCUAAUCUCAGUUUGUUACCUGUAUAAAAUACACCUGUCCACAGAAGCAAUCAAUCAAUCAGAUUCCAAACUCUCCACCAUGGCCAAGACCAAAGAGCUCUCCAAGGAUGUCAGGGACAAGAUUGUAGACCUACACAAGGCUGGAAUGGGCUACAAGACCAUCGCCAAGCAGCUUGGUGAGAAGGUGACAACAGUUGGUGCGAUUAUUCGCAAAUGGAAGAAACACAAAAGAACUGUCAAUCUCCCUCGGCCUGGGGCUCCAUGCAAGAUCUCACCUCGUGGAGUUGCAAUGAUCAUGAGAACGGUGAGGAAUCAGCCCAGAACUACACGGGAGGAUCUUGUCAAUGAUCUCAAGGCAGCUGGGACCAUAGUCACCAAGAAAACAAUUGGUAACACACUACGCCGUGAAGGACUGAAAUCCUGCAGCGCCCGCAAGGUCCCCCUGCUCAAGAAAGCACAUAUACAGGGCCGUCUGAAGUUUGCCAAUGAACAUCUGAAUGAUUCAGAGGAGAACUGGGUGAAAGUGUUGUGGUCAGAUGAGACCAAAAUCGAGCUCUUUGGCAUCAACUCAACUCGCUGUGUUUGGAGGAGGAGGAAUGCUGCCUAUGACCCCAAGAACAACAUCCCCACCUUCAAACAUGGAGGUGGAAACAUUAUGCUUUGGGGGUGUUUUUCUGCUAAGGGGAUAGGACAACUUCACCGCAUCAAAGGGACGAUGGACGGGGCCAUGUACCGUCAAAUCUUGGGUGAGAAUCUCCUUCCCUCAGCCAGGGCAUUGAAAAUGGGUCGUGGAUGGGUAUUCCAGCAUGACAAUGACCCAAAACACACGGCCAAAGCAAUAAAGGAGUGGCUCAAGAAGAAGCACAUUAAGGUCCUGGAGUGGCCUAGCCAGUCUCCAGACCUUAAUCCCAUAGAAAAUCUGUGGAGGGAGCUGAAGGUUCGAGUUGCCAAACGUCAGCCUCGAAACCUUAAUGACUUGGAGAAGAUCUGCAAAGAGGAGUGGGACAAAAUCCCUCCUGAGAUGUGUGUAAACCUGGUGGCCAACUACAAGAAACAUCUGACCUCUGUGAUUGCCAACAAGGAUUUUGCCACCAAGUACUAAGUCAUGUUUUGCAGAGGGGUCAAAUACUUAUUUCCCUCAUUAAAAUGCAAAUCAAUUUAUAAAAAAAAUUACAUGCGUUUUUCUGGACGUUUUUUUGUUGUUGUUAUUCUGUCUCUCACUGUUAAAACAAACCUACCAUUAAAAUUAUAGACUGAUCAUUUCUUUGUCAGUGGGCAAACGUACAAAAUCAGCAGGGGAUCAAAUACUUUUUUCCUUCACUGUAGCUUGAUCCAUAGUGUUGCCUUCAGGCAGUGUGUGUGUGUGCUUGUGUGCAAAUGCUAUUACUUUAAUAGGCUGUUGUGGAGUAUAUUUCAAACACUUCUAUUCAAAAUCUAACUUGUCUUAUCUCCCAUAGCAACUAGCAACUGUAAUGUGUAAGUUUGACGAAUCCACUAGCAAUCCGCUAGCAGUCCAUCCUUCAUUGGGCCGCUCAUUAUCCAGACACACAGUAGAAAAGCAUAUCAAAAUCAACAGAAAGCUAAAGCAGAAGAGCUCAGAGAAAAGGAGGCGAGGCCCUUAACCUCUUCAUCUUCAUCUUCCUCUUCUUCCUCUUCCUCAUUCUCCCACGUCUGUGUCAGAUCACUGGUUUGGGAGUGUGUGAGCGCUAGCAGCAGGUCGUUCCAGCGAGUAAUUAAAGAAAGGGGACGAGGGUUCUUCUGAGAGCGCUAGAUCACUAGCUGAGAGGCGAGAGAAUGAGCAACUAUAAGCCUCCCGAUAGGGCCGCCAAGAGAGACCCGCUUUUCAAUCAGCCACACACACACUCCACACACACUUACACACUCCAUACACACAUGCACUCCACACGCACACACAAACUCCGCCAUCAUCAUGAUGAGACAAAACACACACCAUGAAAGGGAAUCGAAUGUGACAUUUGAUUAAAAGGAGGAUAAUUAACAUGGUGGAUUAAGUAAUCUCUUUCUAAGUAGGAGGGAAAGGGGGACUUGGACAUGGGGAUGAUUUUGGGGGUCACUGUCCUAGAUAGAUGCCUAUAGGCUGUGUUUACACAGGCAGCCCAAUUCUGAUCUUUUUUCACUAAUUGGUCUUUUGACCAAUCACAUCAGAUCUUUUCACAUCAGAUCUUUUUCAGAGCUCAUCUGAUUGGUCAGAAGACCAAUGAAUGAAAAAAGAUCAGUAUUGGGCUGUCUGUGUAAACACAGCCUUAAAGGCCAGAUUGGCUAGCUCAGGGUUUGCACCAAUUAUUGCACCAAUUUUCAGGGAUUAAACAGAAAACUUUCAAAGAUGAGGAACUAGACUUUAAUUCAAAAUGUAAAUAAAGACUGCUUCAGCUUAUUUUUUUUACUCUUCACUUGAGCUUUGUUUGUUCAGAAUCAUAAUGGCAGAUGCUAACUUUUCACAGACUGGUGCAAAUAUUGAGUAAGUAAGGUCACUUCUUCAGUAGACGGCACAGGAGGCUGGUGAUGGGAGGACGGCUCAUAAUAAUGACUGUAAUGAAGUGAAUGGAAUAGUAUCAAUUACAAUGAAACCAUGUGUUUGAUGUCUGUGAACAUUUUAUAGAACAUCCAAAGUACCGUAACCUGAUCUUUACGAAACACAUUGCAGUGGAGUACGACUUGGUUUUGAUAUUUCAGAAGUUCAAUUGGAGGUGAGCUUGGAUACCACCUGGCACAGUAAAAGCAAUGCUCUUUUCCAGCUCAAAUUGUUCAAUAGAGAUUAAAUAGGCUCAAUUUGAUUGACUUUUCUCUGAAUCAUUUCAGCUGACUCUCACACUUCCCACCAAACUAUAACACUGAUCAAACACCUUCACACUCCAUCAAGUCCCAUGCAAAAUCUGUAUUUCACAUUUACUGUGAAAACAUCCACUUCCUGUAGGAUAUAUGCCAAAUAGAUCAGGCCCAAAAUGGUGAGAGUCAGGGUAAAUAGCAGACUAUUAGAGCUCAUCUCCCGGCAGUGCUUGUGAGAUGCAAUCUAAUUGGUGUUCAAGAGAGAUGCAAAGUGCUCUUCUGCUGACACGAUAAGAAUCUUCUUCCCUGAAAUCUCUCUGUCUGUCUUUACCAUUUACAUUUACAUUGGCAUGUCUCUCUCACUGCGCCCAUCGAUACGUUCCCUGACCCUGGCUCCUUGCCCUUACCCAGAAAAAUACAUUUGUGCCCAACCAGAUGGAGCGAGAAAUGGCUGUGCAUCAGACCCAAACGACUAAGUCAAAAUGUUUUUAUUUUAUUCCAAAUACUCUGUACGUUUGUGUAUUUUAUAUAUAGUGUAUGAUUGUUUUUGCUAUUUUCAUAUUGUCUCCCCCUUCCUCCCUCUCCAUCUAACUAAAUAUUUGGACGGUGCUGGAUGUGCAGAGCCUUGAUGUGCUUAUCUUUCCCCUCGCACACCGCCCGCAGUGUUUGGAUUAUUAUUUUCUCCCUCUGCGCACCUCGCCGCCCAUUGUGGUGGCCGUUUAAUUUCGAUAAGGCUUUGAAAUAUAGAGGGGAAAUUUUAACUGCAAGCCCAGGCAGCAGCACGGACGGGCCGACCGCAGAGGGAAAAUUGUUAUUUCACAACUACGGAUGGAGAGAGAAUUGAACGGGUGGAAUGAGUUCUAAAAAAAAAAGAGAGAAAGAGCGAGGGAUAAAAAAUGGAGGGGAGGUGAGAGGCAAAGAGAGAGAGAGAGAGAGAGAGAGCAUGUUUGGCUUAUCAGAGCUUGGCAGUGGGGCUUGUGCACACAAGGGAUAGCCCUGGCACUUUUUGUUCCUGAUGUCCUGCUGGGGUUUAGGUGAUAUCGGCUGUCACUGUGUCAGGGGGGCUAGGCUUUCCCUUAAGGCCAUUUCCCCAAAUCCCUGAAAAUAACACUCACAGAAAGAUAGAGACUGUUCCAGAAUCGGAAACCUGUAAAAAAAAAAAAAGAUUUAAAAAAGAAAAAGAGUGAAACUAAAUGUAUAUUGUUGAGUUGGCGUAGUUGUUGAGUUGGCGUAGUUGUUGAGUUGGCCUAGUACAUCUGUACUUAUUUCCUUCUUGACGACACUACACGAGUCUGGUGUCAGGCCCCUAUUUAAUUUCUGUCAGCGAGAUAUGCUGACAAAGAUAAUUGUGUUCAGCAGUGUGACUGACUCAAAUAUGAGGUGAUGUUUCAACAAGUUCAUGAACUAUGUGUAUUGCCCACUAUUUCAUUGCUUCUGAACAAGUUGAGGAUAUUGUAGGGAGGAUUGGAGGGAUUUGUGAACCUACUACACCAAGAGGUUCAGGAAGUCUCACAAGAUCACCACGUGUUGGUCCAAUGGAUGUGGUUUACCACCCUACCCAAUCACAAAGAAAAUGUUCCCCAGUGUUUCUCUUAAAAGACCCUCACACAACUCUUGCUGUGCCUCCAAUGAUAGGAAACCGGUUAUCAAUCCUACUUCUGACACCAGUUUAGUGAACGUGGGAGGCAGUCAGUAGCAAGGCUUGAACCAGAGACCCUUACAAGGCAAGCACACACUCUGUGGCACAACUACACUCUGUGUCAUAAGGGAGGUCGUGCUUACAUAUGACAAUUUCAAUCUGACUCAUUCAACAAGGUACAGUGAAAGAGGAUUUUUUUUUACAGCAAACGAUUGUAUAAAAUUACUCACCAUAUCCAGCAGACAAUUAAACUUCAGUUGAACUUGAUUAUCACACCACUUGUGCUAUUAAAAGCUGACAUAGCAAACCAGCAUGAUCUCUCGUAUAUAUCCAAUUGGAGACCAUUAGACUUAAAAACGUUAUUUUUCUGGAAGGUGGCCUGGAGAGAGGAAUAUCGAAAAACUAAGCAAACACUAAUUGCAUUUCCUCCUCCCUGUCUGGCCUGGCACGACAUGAUGCCACCGAGGCAAUUACACUGCAGAACCGAGGCAAUUACAACUGCAGAACACUCUUUCAGUCUCUUAGCAGCUCAGCUGUGUUUCGCCACCAUCUCUAAAAACAUACACAAUGUCCUCGACAGCAGUGUUCAGAGUGGCGGCAUGCAGAGACAUUUCCAGGUCUGAUCUGUGAAUAGGUUGACAGUUUCGACACACAGUGUCCAUUAUCACUCUUUAAUUAUUUCUCUCUACCUUGUUCCUCUUCUCCCCCCCCUCCUCCCCCCCCUCCUCCUCCUCCUCCUCCUCCUCCUCCUCCUCCUCCUCUUGUUCAGGGGAGAUCUGUGCAUUUAAGAUCCACGGGCAGGAGGCCCCGUUCGAGGCGGUGGUCCUGAACAGGACGUCAGGGGAGGGGGUCCUGAGGGCCAAGGGCCCAGUGGACUGUGAGACCCAGAAGGAGUACACCUUCAUCAUCCAGGCCUACGACUGUGGGGCCGGGGCCAGUGGGGCCAGCUGGAAGAAGUCACAUAAGUAAGGAAGGGUGUGUGUGUCGGGGACGGGGGUUGGUGUGUGUGUGUCGGAGGGAAUGUCGGAGGGUGUGUGUGUUCGUCUGUGUUUGUAUCUUUGUUUAAUGUGUGUGUGUGUGUGAGAUCGAUUUUUGUAAAAAUGAUGCAUUACACAAGCAAACUGAUAUAGCCCUACAUGCCAAGUGUACAGUAUGUGGGUCCUACAGUUGUCCUCAAUGCUAUGGUCUUAGACAGUGACAGAUCACAUCCACUGUGCAAUACCUAGUCACAUCUGAGACUUGCUCAAUGUUCAGCUCGUGGGAUGUUUUUAAUUAAUGAGGGCCUGAAGGAUCCUUAUGAGCCAGACAGUUGUGGACAACCGCAAAUCAAGCCCUAUAUCCCUGCUCUGAUGAAGUGCUAUUGAAAGCUGUGCUCUAGGGCAAUGACUAAGGCGGAUACUGUCACACAGAGAGAGAGUAGUAUGAGAGAGAGGGAGGGAUUUCACAGCCAGGGCAUCUUUGAUGAAUGUCUGUUAACAUAGAGAGAUGGUACUGUGUGUGCCUCAGCUAAGCAGCAUCACUGCAGGACAUUCUAAGUAGGUCUCAUUAAGUCAAUGUCUUUAAUUAGGAAGGCAUGCUACAACAGCAGACCCACCAUUGCUGCUUCACACAAGGUCAUUGUCAGACGAAUUAUAGGUUGAGUUUGAGAAACUGGACUUAUUUAAAUAAUACUAAGAUUUUGAAAAUAUGACUUGUUAUGUUCAGCCCUUUAGUGUUGGCCCUGAACCAACCUAAAUGUGGUGUGGAUAUCUCUCAUUCGCUCCGGGGCAAAAACCUUGAAUCACUACCAACCUUUUUUACAGUACAACUAUCAGUGAAAAGCAGGAUUUGGUUUUGUCUGUACUGUAUGCCCCCUUGCUCUCAUGUUUCUCUCUCUUGUUCUCUCAGCUGGUCAUGAGAUUGUGAGGGGAUUUGUUUUGUAUGUUAUGGUUUGUUGUUUCUGUUUUUGAGGGUUUAGUGGGGGUUUGGGUUUGAGGACGUUGAGUAUUUUGUAAUCAUUAGUACUUAUUGUGUCAUGUUGGAAGAAAGAGUAUCAAAUUGUGUCAUGUUGGAAGAAAGAGUAUCAAAGCAGUAAGACAGAUAUCCUGUCUUACUGCUUUAUUCUCUCUGUCUCCCCUCCCUCUCUCCAGGGCAGUGGUUCACAUCCAGGUAGAUGACGUAAAUGAGUUCUCUCCUGUGUUCCGGGAGCCUGUGUACCACGCUGCAGUAAUGGAAGGGAAGAUCUAUGACAGCAUCCUGCAGGUAGAGGCCUGGGACCAGGACUGUUCCCCGCAGUACAGCCAGAUCUGCAACUACGACAUUGUCACCUCCGACACGCCCUUCGCCAUCGACCGCAACGGUCAGUGAAUUCUAACCCCCAUCCCCUGACCACACAACCUGCAGGUAAAAGGCACAACCAUUCUCUUCUCAUCCCGACCUUGCAUUAGAUCAAAUCAUUUUAUUUUGGCUCUCUCCACACACUCUUCAUUCAGCGCUCAGGAAACAAUGUCAACUCCAUCACAGAGGUCAACUUGGUUACACUUUACUUUCCGUAACAGCGAUGACACAAACUGUUCCUCAGGCCAUCAAAUUGGCUAGGCAUCAUUUUUAUACAGUCAAUAGCAGAAGUUUGUAUCUAGAUCGAGUUACAGUCCAUUCACAGUCAGUACACGUGGCCCAUGCGGAAAUUGAACCCACAAAGUUGCUGUUGCCAGAAUUCUUCUCCAACCCACUGAACUUAGUUAAUUCUAUUCAAAGCACAUCUCUCACGCCAUUUGUCAGUGUGCUGUAUUCAUGGACUCCCCAAGUGCUUCCCCAUUCAUCCUCUGAUCACAGCAGUGCAGUGUUAUACAGAGUGAUCUGAAACUGGAUCCAGCUCUGUGGGAUCAGCGGGAACACAAGGACUAGUGGAGCAGACAGGCCAAAAUUACAUCAGAUACUCCACAGCUUGCCAUCUCUGCUAGCCUCUCUCCUCUUGCUUUCCUCUCUCCCUUUAUCUCUCUUUCUUUUUCUGUUUCUCUGUUUCUUCCUUCCUUUCUCUCUCCUUCUCUCUCUCUCUUUCUCAUUCCCUCCCUUUCUCUCUUCCUCCCUGUCUGGUACCUCUGAUGUCCUCUGGCACGGCUCAGGCCCCUCUGUGACCCCGAAGGGACAGCAGGUUGGCACUUUUCUGGCUCCCGUCCGCCAUGCCAGCUCCACGGCCGCCAGUCGCCUUGCUUCCUAUGGCACUCCCAGGCUCUGCAGUGUGACUGGCACUUGUGGUGCUCAAAUAGAGCUGAGCGUAGUGAUGCUUGGGGGGCCGUCAGAGUGUGUUUUAUACCAAGGGGGCUUCUGGCUCCAUCAUUAACCGUGGAUCAGAGGCCUGAGUAAGUUAUUAAAUCAAACAGGCCUGUCUGCCCUCUGUAGCUCAGGGAGAGAGAUGGAGGGAGAGAGAUGGAGUGAGUGAGGAAAGGAGAGACUAACCACUGGAACACAUGAACAGAGCACUACUUCGGAUAUAAAGAAGUCCUUUUAAUAAUCAUGUCUCUCAACCAGUUGGUAAAUAUCCCCUUAUAUACAGUAUCUAUAGAAAUGAGUUCAAUAAUCCUGUUGGAGUAAAAAAGUAAAUGUAAUCUUCUGUUGUUAGACAUACACCUCAAAGAAUGGUGAACUUGAGAAUCAGGUCCUGGAGAGCUGUAGUGUGUGAUAGUUUUAAUGGUUGCAGAUUUACAGUACAAGUCAAAUAUUUGGACACACCUACUCAUUCCAGGGUUUUUCUUUAUUUUUACUAUUUUCUACAUUGUAAAAUAAUAGUGAAUCAAAUCAAAUCAAAUCAAAUUGUAUUGGUCACAUGCGCCGAAUACAACAGACAUUACAGUGAAAUCCUUACUUACAGCCCUUAACCAACAGUGCAUUUAUUUUUAACAAAAAAGUAAAAAUAAAACAACAACAAAAAAAGUGUUGAGAAAAAAAGAACAGAAGUAAAAUAAAAUAACAGUAGGGAGGCUAUAUAUACAGGGGGGUACCGGUGCAGAGUCAAUGUGCGGGGGCACCGGCUAGUUGAGAUAGUUGAAGUAAUAUGUACAUGUGGGUAGAGUUAAAGUGACUAUGCAUAAAUAAUUAACAGAGUAGCAGCAGCGUAAAAAGGAUGGGGUGGGGGGGGGGGGGGCAGUGCAAAUAGUCUGGGUAGCCAUGAUUAGCUGUUCAGGAGUCUUAUGGCUUGGGGGUAGAAGCUGUUGAGAAGUCUUUUGGACCUAGACUUGACACUAUAGAGGUCCUGGAUGGCAGGAAGCUUGGCCCCAGUGAUGUACUGGGCCGUACGCACUACCCUCUGUAGUGCCUUGCGGUCGGAGGCCAAGCAGUUGCCAUACCAGGCGGUGAUGCAACCAGUCAGGAUGCUCUCGAUGGUGCAGCUGUAGAAUUUUUUGAGGAUCUGAGGACCCAUGCCAAAUCUUUUCAGUCUCCUGAGGGGGAAUAGGCUUUGUCGUGCCCUCUUCACGACUGUCUUGGUGUGUUUGGACCAUGAUAGUUCGUUGGUGAUGUGGACACCAAGGAACUUGAAGCUCUCAACCUGUUCCACUACAGCCCCGUCGAUGAGAAUGGGGGCGUGCUCAGUCCUCUUUUUUUUCCUAUAGUCCACAAUCAUCUCCUUUGUCUUGGUCACGUUGAGGGAGAGGUUGUUGUCCUGGCACCACACGGCCAGGUCUCUGACCUCCUCCCUAUAGGCUGUCUCAUCGUUGUCGGUGAUCAGGCCUACCACUGUUGUGUCUUCGGCAAACUUAAUGAUGGUGUUGGAGUCGUGCCUGGCCAUGCAGUCAUGGGUGAACAGAGAGUACAGGAGGGGACUGAGCACACACCCCUGAGGGGCCCCCAUGUUGAGGAUCAGUGUGGCAGAUGUGUUGUUACCUACCCUUACCACCUGGGGGCGGCCCCUCAGGAAGUCCAGGAUCCAGUUGCAGAGGGAGGUGUUUAGUCCCAGGAUCCUUAGCUUAGUGAUGAGCUUAGAGGCCACUAUGGUGUUGAAUGCUGAGCUGUAGUCAAUGAAUAGCAUUCUCACGUAGGUGUUCCUCUUGUCCAGGUGGGAAAGGGCAGUGUGGAGUGCAAUAGAGAUUGCAUCAUCUGUGGAUCUGUUGGGGCGGUAUGCAAAUUGGAGUGGGUCUAGGGUUUCUGGGAUAAUGCUGUUGAUAUGAGCCAUGACCAGCCUUUCAAAGCACUUCAUGGCUACAGACGUCAGUGCUACGGGUCGGUAGUCAUUUAGGCAGGUUAUCUUAGAGUCCUUGGGCACGGGGACUAUGGUGGUCUGCUUGAAACAUGUUGGUAUUACAGACUCAGUCAGGGACAUGUUGAAAAUGUCAGUGAAGACACUUGCCAGUUGGUCAGCACAUGCUCGGAGUACAUGUCCUGGUAAUCCGUCUGGCCCUGCGGCCUUGUGAAUCUCACAUCGGCUACGGAGAGCGUGAUCACAUAGUCAUCCGGAACAGCUGGUGCUCUCAUGCAUGCUUCAGUGUUGCUUGCCUCGAAGCGAGCAUAGAAGUGGUUUAGCUCGUCUGGUAGGCUUGUGUCACUGAGCAGCUCGCGGCUGUGCUUCCCUUUGUAGUCUGUAAUAGUUUUCAAGCCCUGCCACAUCCGACGAGCGUCAGAGCCAGUGUAGUACGAUUCAAUCUUAGCCCUGUAUUGACUCUUUGCCUGUUUGAUGGUUCGUCGGAGGGCAUAGCGGGAUUUCUUAUAAGCGUCCGGGUUAGAGUCCCGUUCCUUGAAAGCGGCAGCUCUACCCUUUAGCUCAGUGCGGAUGUUUCCUGUAAUCCAUGGCUUCUGGUUUGGGUAUGUACGUACGGUCACUGUGGGGACGACAUCAUCGAUGCACUUAUUGAUGAAGCCAGUGACUGAUGUGGUGUACUCCUCAAUGCUGUCUGAAGAAUCCCGGAACAUGUUCCAGUCUGUGCUAGCAAAACAGUCCUGCGUCAUCUGACCACUUUUUUAUUAACCGAGUCACUGGUGCUUCCUGCUUUAGUUUUAGCUUAUAAGCAGGAAUCAGGAGGAUAGAGUUAUGGUCAGAUUUGCCAAAUGGAGGGCGAGGGAGAGCUUUGUAUGCGUCUCUGUGUGUGGAGUAAAGGUGGUCUAGAGUUUUUUUUCCCUCUGGUUGCACAUUUAACAUGCUGGUAGAAAUUAGGUAGAACGGAUUUAAGUUUCCCUGCAUUAAAGUCCCCGGCCACUAGGAGCGCUGCAUCUGGAUGAGCGUUUUCCUGUUGAUUUAUGGCCUUGUACAUCUCAUUCAGUGCAAUCUUAAUGCCAGCAUUGGUUUGUGGUGGUAAAUAGACAGCUAUGAAAAAUAUAGAUGAAAACUCUCUUGGUAAAUAGUGUGGUCUACAGCUUAUCAUAAGAUACUCUACCUCAGGCGAGCAAAACCUCGAGACUUCCUUAGUAUUUGAUUUUGUGCACCAGCUGUUGUUUACAAAUAUACACAGACCGCCACCCCUUGUCUUACCGGAGUCAGCCGUUCUAUCCUGCCGAUGUAGCGUAUAGCCCGCUAGCUGUAUGUUAUCAUUGUCGUCGUUCAGCGACGACUCUGUGAAACAUAGGAUAUUACAGUUUUUAAUGUCCCGUUGGUAGGAUAACCGUAAUCUUAGGUCAUCCAAUUUGUUAUCCAAUGAUUGAAGAUUGGCUAAUAGGAUUGAUGGAAGAGGCAGUUUACUCGCUCGCCGUCGGAUCCUUACAAGGCACCCCGAUCUACGUCCACGAUAUCUCCGUCUCUUCCUCACGCGAAUGACGGGGAUUUGGGCCUUGUCGGGUGUCUGUAUGAUAUCCUUCGCGGCCGCCUCGUUGAAGAAAAAAUCUUCGUCCAAUACGAGGUGAGUAAUCGCUGUCCUGAUAUCCAGAAGCUCUUUUUGGUUAUAAGAGACGAUGGCAGAAACAUUAUGUACAAAAUAAAUUACAAAUAACGCGGAAAAACACACAUAAUAGUACAAAUGGUUAGAGGGCUGUAAAGUGAAGACAUCAAAACUAUGAAAUAACACAUAUGGAAUCAUGUAGUAACCAAAAAAAGUGUUAAACAAAUCAAAAUAUAUUUUAUAUUUGAGAUUCUUCAAAUAGCCACCCUUUGCCUUGAUGACAGCUUUGCACACUCUUGGCAUUCUCUCAAGCAGCUUCAUGAGAUAGUCACCUGGAAUGCAUUUCAAUUAACAGCCUUCUUAAAAGUUAAUUUGUGGAAUUUAUUUCCUUCUUAAUGCGUUUGAGCCAAUCAGUUGUGUUGUGACAAGGUAGGGGGGUAUACAGAAGAUAGCCCUAUUUGGUAAAAGACCAAGUCCAUAUUAUGGCAAGAACAGCUCAAAUAAGCAAAGAGAAAUGACAGUCCAUCAUUACUUUAAGACAUGAAGGUCAGUCAAUACGGAACAUUUCAAGAACUUUGAAAGUUUCUUCAAGUGCAGUCGCAAAAACCAUCAAGCGCUAUGAUGAAACUGGCUCUCAUGAGGACCGCCAUAGGAAAGGAAGACCCAGAGUUACCUCUGAUGCAGUGGAUAAGUUCAUUAGAGUUACCAGCCUCAGAAAUUGCAGCCCAAAUAAAUGCUUCACAGAGUUCAAGUAACAGACACAUCUCAACAUCAACUGUUCAGAGGAGACUGCGUGAAUCAGGCCUUCAUGGUUUAAUUGCUGCAAAGAAACCACUACUAAAGGACACCAAUAAGAAGGAGAGACUUGCUUGGGCCAAGAAACAUUAGACCGGUGGAAAUCUAUCCUUUGGUCUGAUGAGUCCAAAUUUGAGAUUUUUGGUUCCAACCGCCGUGUCUUUGUGAGACGCAGAGUAGGUGAACGGAUGAUCUCCUCAUGUGUGGUUCCCACCGUGAAGCAUGGAGGAGGAGGUGUGAUGGCGUGGGGGUGCUUUGCUGGUGACACUGUCUGUGAUUUAUUUAGAAUUCUAGGCACACUUAACCAGCAUGGCUACCACAGCAUUCUGCAGCGAUACGACAUCCAUCUGGUUUGCACUUAGUGGGACUAUCAUUUGUUUUUCAACAGGACAAUGACCCAACACACCUCCAGGCUGUGUUGUAAGGGCUAUUUGACCAAGAAGGAGAGUGAUGGAGUGCUGCAUCAGAUGACCUGGCCUCCAUAAAUCACCCGACCUCAACCCAAUUGAGAUGGUUUGGGAUGAGUUGGACCGCAGACACACACACACACACACACACACACAUAUUGACAGUUGCCCUAUUUCACUCAGAGACUACACAUUGGGACAGGAAUGGGAGAUGAGGCUGGGACCAGAGCUCCAUCAUGUAAAUGGGGCCUGUUAGCUGUCACUGGUGAUGUCUCAUUUGUAACCUACAGUAUACCCUGUCUGGGUCAGGUUCUAUCAUGGUAUUAGAUGUAUCACAGUUGCAUGUAUCGCAUUCAAUUAAAGAAAAACAAUGCCAUCUCUCCUCACUUCCCUAAAGUGUCAUUUAGGGUAGAAUCAAUGGGAGAUUUCCGCAAAAUAAUGAGUAAUGCCUGCACAUCUUAAGUUAGGAUUCAGCCAUAGCGUUCUGAUUGCUUGUAGGGAACUACAGUACAGUGUUUCAUCUGAAUAAAAGCCUCCUUUUGAUUCACUGCAUGACAUGAAUCACCACAAUCAGCACUACAGCAUACCACUAACGCUCCGACGCAGAUUCACAGAAGGAAGUGAGAGACUGAGAUAUCUUCCUUUUCCAGGAAACAUCAAGUUUGUAGUGCCCAUCUGAGAGUGGAGCUGUCCAGGUUUGAGGGCUUACACUGCUCCUGACCUCUCCUUACCUCUCCUCUCCACUGUCUCCUUUACAGCAUCAGGACCAUAGAGAUAUAACUAUAAAGAGGCUGUAAUCAUAGGACCCUGAACCAUAAUUCCUCUCUAGUGCUCCAUCUCUAUGAUCCGUACACUGGCAUACUCUCAGACAACGAAACUGGCUAUAGAGGCUGCUAGCGAGUACACUGAAAAUAGACUGAGUAUAGGGAAGGUGAGAAAACAAAUUCAAACUCACUUAUAUGGUACACUCUUAGAAAAAAAUGAGCUAUCUAGAACCUAAAAGGGUUCUUCGGCUGUACCCAUAGGAGAACCCUUUGAAGAACCCUUUUUGGUUCCAGGUAGAACCAUUCUGGUUCUAGAUAGAACCCUUUUGGGUUCAAUGUAGGACCAUUUCCACAGAGGGUUCUACAAGGAACCCAAAAGGGUUUUAUGUGGAACCAAAAAGGGUUCUCCCUGAACCAAAAAGGGUUCUCCUAUGGGGACAGCCAAAUAACUAUUUUGGGACCUUUUUUUCUAAGAGCGUAGAGUCUGAUGAGCAUUGCAGAUUUAGAUGGAAAAGGAACUCAGUAAAAUCAAUUGUUGGCGAAGAAAUAGGUUUAUUCUUUGACUCCAGAAAUACAAUCUAUUUGCAGAAGAUAUCAGUGACUAUCAGUGCAUCCGUCACAGUUUUUUUUAUCAUUCAUGUUUACAUAUUUAUUAUAUUUACAUAUUUAUUUAUUAUAUUUACAUAUUAUUAUUAUUUAUUUAUUAUAUUUUUUCUCUUUUCCUUCUCUAGGCAACAUCAGAAACACGGAGCGUCUGAGCUACGACAAGAAGCAGCGAUACGAGGUCAUGGUAACCGCCUUCGACUGCGGCCAGAAGAGGGCGACGGAGAGUGUGGCGGUGCACAUUGACGUCAAGCCCGUCUGCAAACCUGGCUGGCAAGGUCAGUCUAAUCAAAGGAGAAGACUGUCUGUACACACACUGCGUAGAUCUGAGUUGCAGAUCCCAAAAGAUACUACUAACAGGUUGCUAAUCAUUUGAUAAGUACUGUGGGUUCCCCAAAGUUAGAAGCACAUUGUGUCUGGUGAAGAGCAGCAGAAAUCAAUUGCUUCCACUCAGAGUGAAAUACAUUUUAGUUUUUUUUGUUGCAGAUGAACGUACCAGACAGUCUACACAGCUGGUACACAAAGACCAAGGUCAGGCUGGGAUUGGGGCCUCCUGAUUCUUGACCAGCAGUUAGGGCCAACUUAACCUCGGACGCUCCCAAUAAACCUUCCUUUACUCCUCACAAAAUGGUCGCAGGCAUGACUCGGGGUGCUUACUUGCAGCAGCACUAUUGGUGUCUCUGCGUUCGCAUUGGACUGUUCUUUCCUCCAUCUGCACCCAUAUGCCACAGCAGUCUACUCUCAGAGAAAAAAGAGCCCUCAUCAUCCCUGUGGAUGAUAACACUCCUGGCUCUGGAUCUUACAGUUUUCCUCGACUCGACUCUGUUUACCCGAACAAUCCAGGUCAAUGGCCCCUGUGGAGAAGGGGAGAGGGGGAUACAGCGGCAUUCCAGACACAGAGAGAAAGAGCGAGAGAGAGCGAGAAGGAUAGAUGGGGGAGAGAAGAAAGGAGAGGGGCUAUAAGCAUAUCCCGUUUUAGAAUAAAGCUUAUUGGUGUCUGGGGAACUUGACUGGAUCUUGUCUCGGACUACUGUAGCAUGUACAUAGUGAAAAGCUUUAUAAGCGGACAGGGUCCCUCACUGCUUCCCUGUCAGAUGUCAGUAGGCUACGUCAGGAGGAGAAAGGCUGGGGAGACAGAGAGCAGGAACAUGCGCAGGAUAUUUCACCUUCACCCAAUUAGAAGAAAUCACUCCUUUCUUAAAAGGGCAAACAAUUACAAAAUGGCCACACCUCCACUGUUUUGGUAAAAAGCUGAGGGAUGGAUGCAAAGAGUGACCAUCGAUGAUAUCAAAAUUAUAGUUUUAACAAUUUUUAAGGCUGUACAGCGUUUGUUUAGAAUUACAAUGUUUACAAACAGUAGAGUAAAACAAGUGUAUAUUUUGGGUUCUGAUUAACUAAGUUUAAGAGGCAUUUAUAAGUAAUAUUCUUGAAGAACCAUUGGGUAUAUACACUGAGUGUACAAAACAUUAGGAACACCUUCCUAAUAUUGAGUUGUACCCCCCCCCCCCCUUUUGCCCUCAGAACAGCCUCAAUUCCUCGGGGCAUGGACUCUACAAGGAGUCGAAAGUGUUCCACAGGAAUGCUGGCCCAUGUUGACUCCAAUGCUUCCCACAUUUGUGUCAAGUUGGCUUGUUUUGUACACUCAGUGUUUAUCAUUAAUUUAGAAGUCCAAAAACUGGAUGCAGCAAUCGCAUAUUGCAUCUUUAAAGACAGUGUGUGAUUCCUCUUGCUGGAAAUGUGGCUUGAAAUGUGUCCAGAGUUGUUCCAUUAGGUUGACAUUUAUUGUAAUGAAUCUUGCCCUGGAGGCAGCUCUGCAGAGUGGUCACUAGCUGGCACAGGGCAAGAUUCAUGACAAUAAACCUGUUCUAACAACAUCCUCUCUCUGUCUGCCUCUCCCUGGUCAUGUCAUUUAUUUCUCUGAGUGUUUGACCUUGAAUAUAUCACGGAACAGACUCGACAGCUGUCAACUCUCUGCUCCACACACAGCAAUAAAAUGGCCAUUACUGCUCCCUAGACUAUAAAGAAGACCUGGUGCGGCUCACAGAUACAUAUGGAGGGUAAUCGAAAUAUAAACUGGGUGACAAAGAUGACAGAUUAAGCCGAUGGGUGGGGAGGGCUUCCCGCACUAGAGCUGUUAUGUUCUUUAAGCAUGUAAUUCUACUCUCGCGUUCUCUGUCUUCCACCAUCGCUCUCGUUCUCUCUCUUACUACAUCUACCUUCUCUCUAUCUCCCCCUCUCUCUCCAAUCUUUCUUCCGCUCUCUCCAUCUCUCUGGUCAUAUGCCACCUAUCAUGGUUGAUCUUUCCAGCCGCCCAUCCCAUUCUCUCGCCAUUUCCUGGUAAUCUGGCAAAUCACUUUGUUCUGGUAGAGAACCAUCAACGUCACUCUAGACUUCUUCUGACGAUAUUGCCUCAGCACUUCAAAUGUAUUCUUAUUUUAUUCCACAUCCACACUCCUUUUCUUAUUCUACUGUUCCACUUAUUUUCCAAUUCUAUUCCCCCCAAUUCUCUUCCUACUGCGAUUCUGUGAUUCUUCUGGCCCAAUCAGCAGAGGCGAUUUGACUCUCAUAUUGCCUGUGUUGGUGAAAAGGCCUGCCUGGUCUACACAUCCCUUUGAUAAAGACACUCUCUGAAGUAGAAUGUCUUACCUGGAGUGAGCUGAACUUGGUCUGCCAGUCAGUAAUAUGAGAGAUAUGUUGUUUGUGACAUAAUUGGGCAGUUAUUCAUGUCAAAUUAAUCCCUUUGUGGUGAUAUGUUAGCGUGUUUGUCAUUGUAGCAUUGUAAUGUUAGCUACACGAGAAACAUUUCAAUGAGUAGUCUAACACCUGAAUUCAAUUUAAGCUCAGACAGGACAUCCUUUCUUUCUUUUUGUGUCAGAUAAGGGUUAUUGGUUUGAUUGGGAAGGCCAUGAUAGCAGAUCCCUGUCAUACGUGUUGCCAACACUCAACUGUGUGACAUGGAUUAGUGAGCACGGUUGGUUAGCAGUUAGCGUAGCAUAGCCUCCUGUAUCAGAACCUCACUUCUUCCUAUGGUCCUUGGUGUGUGAAGUCACCUGUCACCUUUCGGCUUUAGUGAGGUGUGCUCCGUGAUGCCUUCAAUUCAGGGGUAUUCAGCGGAACCCUUUGCCUCUGUAGUAUGGUCGCUGUGCUAGAGCUAGCCUAGCGAAGGAUAGGACUGACCUUCAUGCAAAGUGAAUAUCAAACCAGAAUAAUAUCUAAUAAUAUAUGCCUUUUAGCAGACGAUUGUAAUCCAAAGCGAUUUAUAGUCAUGCUUUCAUACAUUUUACGUAUGGGUGGCCCCGGGAAUCGAACCCACAACCCUGGCGGUGCAAGCGCCAUGCUCUACAGACUGAGCCAUACAGGACCAGAACAAGUGGUAAAUAAUAUAACAGUAGGAGAGACUGAAUUGGCCAGUGGCUGAAUGCAUUUAUCAUUUCUAGGUGAUUUUAUUUUAUUUAGUAGUUCUGUUUUAUAAGUAAUAAAAUAAAAUAAAAAUGAAAUGUUUGUGUCUACAGUAGCACAAGGAUGUUAAAAGAGUUUAGUGUAGUGUUGCGCUAACAAGCUAGCCUUGGGAUCUGAAUGAGCCUUCUAAGCAUUUGGACAAAUACAUUUUCUAUUGGGAAUAAUAAACUACAAUAAUAUUCAACUCUCUUUCUCCCAGGCUGGAACAAACAAGUGGACUAUGAUCCCGGGACAGGAAGUAAGCAGCUGUUUCCCAAGAUGCACCUGGAGACGUGUGACAGCCCGUUGUCGGCGGUGAGAGCAAUGGUGGAGCUGCAGACCAGCCACAUUGGGAAGGGCUGCGACCGAGAGACCUACUCCGAGAAGUCCCUGCAGAAACUCUGUGGUAAGCCAAUUAACAAGGAAAGGGUUAAAAUAAUAAAAUGUACCUAUAACAUUUCAACCUGUGUGCAUUUGCACAACGUGUAAUUCGUUAAUUACACUUAUGACUAGUGAAGUCAUACAGACAAUUGCGUCCCAUUAAUGGUUUCCAAUUAUCUACUCUAAUUUCACAUUUUCUGCCACGUUGAUUCACACCAAGAUUUAACAGUCAAAUUAUAAACAAGUAGAGGUAUUUAAUUGUAAUUUGUAACACAUAGAAAAGUAUAUAUUAAAUCAACCUUAUGAAUCAUUUUUAUUAAUCAUUCUGUGGAGAAAUCUGCUCAUGUGAAAAUGUUCAUUGUGAAGAGUUGAAAAUGUGAAAUGUCUCAGAUUUGUACAAUAUUCUUCCUUGGAUUUAUUUUCCUUUUGUGAAAAACAGAAGCGUGGUAUGGUUGGUUUGAACAAUUCAAUAUGCAGCAAUAACAGUUCAUUGGUCAACUCUUUAAGUGUUUGAGUAACAAUGGCUACACACGCAUACUUAAUAUACUCAUUUGGAUUUCCCUACUUCUUUAGAAUGCAAAGUUUGCAAGCCAGGAGCUAUAAAUUUUUCUUUAAAUUUAAAUUAAAUUUAAAAAAUGUCACACUUUAUUUGGAUAGUCCGCAUUUCCCAUCUGUAGAUGCUCUACAGAUGUUCACACUAUCAACAAACUAUGUGUUGAUAAGAAACUGCUUGCUAAGGUUAGGGUUAUGGUUAGGUUUAGAAUAAGGGUUAGGGUAAGGGUUAAGGUUAGGAUAGUUAGUUAAAAUGUUACUGAUAGUCUGUAGAUUAUCUACAAAUGGACUAUCCAAAUAAAGUGUUACCUUUUUUUACCGAGCAACAUUGAUUUCUGUGAGAGUACAAAUAUCGGUACACAUACUGUAAAUAGAGUGAACAGAGCUUGCUCAAGAGGGCCACCAUAUUUUUUUUUUAGAGCCACUUAAGAAUAAACAAACAACAUCCUACGGCCCAUUAUGAAUAGUUUGUUUUUAAAAAACCAUACUUUAUUUCCUAAGCAGAGAAAGGUUGAAAGUGUGAUGUAUUCAUAGUUCCUAUGGCCAGACGUGGGCUGGUGGAAACUAAACCGAUGAAAAGAAGACAGGUGUCAUGGAUUUGACAAAGGCCCUCUGAGUGAGAGUGUGAGACUGAAUCUCAUCUACUUCUCACGAUCCCAGUGAAAGUCCUGAGAGGGUUAAGAGGCCUGGGUGUGUAUUUAUGCUGGUCUAUCAGUUGACAGACAUAAAUGUUGUAUAGCUUAAAAGAGCCAACUUGUUUCUUCUGAGUGGUGGGCAGGGUGGGAAUUUGGUGGAGAGAACCAAGUGUCCUAACAUACGGUCAUUCACCACUCAUCAGCUUCAGACUGUCACCUCGUGUGACAUGGAGAGGGUGAUGUUGUGGUGAGAAGAGACAGAUGUCAAAUACCUUAACCAUCGAAUACUUUUCCGUUCCGCAACAGUUCCACAUCCUAUUUCUGUACUGUUGCGUUCUAAACUCACGACACCCUGCAUGGACAUCGUAGGACUAGAGGGUUUUAGAUAACUUCCAAUCUUCCAAUUCAAAUGUUACAAAUACUGUGUCAGUAAAUGUGUACAUCCACUGUAUAUAUCUGCUCAUUAUCUUACAGCUCUAUGCUCACUCUACCUAGUUGUAUGGAAACUUUGUUUAAACUCCAUUGUCUGUAUUCUGUCUCUAAAUGUUGCCUAUCACUAGCAGCACCAUAUCACCAAGUAAAGUUCUGAGUAUGUGUAAAUGUACUUGGUGAAUAAAGGUGAUUCUGAAUCUGAUCAGUCUCCUUUUAACCUGGUGACACUUUUCGUGUGUCAAAAUGUCACUGACUGAUUGUACUCGUUUUCAAUUUGUCCUCUAGGUGCGGCGUCCGGCAGCACAGACCUCCUCCCCGCCCCCAGCGCAUCCACCAAUUGGACGGCCUCACUGCUGACGGACAGCGGGCGGGACUGCGACCUCAUCUUCCGCUUCGACGGGCGGCAGGCAGCCAACGUGCCGGAGCGGGUGGUUCCACAGAACCUGACUGACCAGUUCACCAUCGCCACAUGGAUGAAGCACGGGCCCAGCCUCGGUCUGAGGGCUGAGAAGGAGACCCUGCUCUGCAACUCCGACAAGACCGGUGAGAACAGGAAGGGGUUGAGUUGGGAGAUUUGGUCCAUCCUAGGUCAUUGUUCAUGAAACCAGGACUUUAUGGUGGUGGAGGUGGCGUAGUCACGUACAGUGCUUUCAGAAAGGAUUCACACAGUUGUUUUGGGGUGAUGGCGUAGUCACGUAGAUGCACAGGUUGUUUUGUUGGCUGCUGACCACUUCUAGUUCCAGAGUUAGAUUGAGUGAAGCUGUGAGGGUUUGGCUGGAGACAGGCAGCCUGACAGGCUCUUAUUGAUCCCAUCGAUCACUCCGCUCACACUGAGAGCAAAGGAGGGUCCAUCAAUACGCAUGGCCAAAAGAGCCCUUUGUCACCCCAGCGGCUCCCAGGAAAAGCACGGAGGGGGGGUUAUGAUGCCACAAUGUCACAGGGAGCAUGUAACAUUUAUCGGCACAUGUCAAUAGCAUUUACAGGACGUAUCGCACCAACAAGCCCCUUUGCCCAUAAUGACAGACAUCCUUUUAGAUAGAGCACCGCUUUAGGAGAGCAUUUGUAGAAUAUAAUUUAUUGUCACACUUAACUGGAAUAUAGCUUUUUGGUCGGAUAAGGUCCAAUAUAUAUAAUAUAGUCGGAUAAGGUCCAAUAUAUAAAAUAGUCAGAUAAGGUCCAAUAUCAUUUAUAAUAUAGUCGGAUAAGGUCCAAUAAAAUGUAAAUGUCAUACAGUAGAAGUAAAGUAUAUAUGUUUUUCUGUGAAUGACAAUAGAGAAUAUUUCUGUUCUGGCAUAGGAAAUUAUGGCAUUAUGAAUGUUAUAAGAUACAUGUAAUUACCAAUUGUAUGUAACAUUUCCGUAUCCUUGUGCAGAGAUGAACAGGCACCACUACUCCCUGUACGUCCACAACUGCCGUCUGGUGUUCCUACUCAGGAGAGACUUCACCCAGGUUGACACCUUCCGCCCCGCAGAGUUCCACUGGAAACUGGAG